AUGUCAGGGUUCCAGAGAGAGAACGAAGCUGCAAAAUCUCUGUUCAGGAGACUAGAGUUCGCUGUGACUCCCAUCGUGUCCGUGGACCGGGACAGAGCAGCGAUGUCAUCCCGGGUCUCCUUCACGCUGCUCCGUCUGGAGACGGAGCUGGAUCGGUGCCGUGCCGAGUGUCAGUGGGAGCGGAUCCCGAUGAUCGUGGACCAGAUGCUGGCUGCGAAAUUCCACGAAGACGACGACUAUGGGAUCCUGCUGAUAGCUGAGGCCCUGUUGGAGGAGUGUCUUCAGGACAACCUGGAGCUGCUGCGUCGGGCCACACCUCUGACGGACGAGACGCAGCCCAAACUGAGCACGGCCAAAGCCCACCUCAACACCAUCCUGAGUCGGGGUCGCCUCGCGUCCAGGUACUUGAACGAGGCUCUGCUGCUCAUGGCCAAGGUGGACUACGUGCAGGGUCGGUACUGGGACGCCCAGGGCAUGUGUGCCAGGGUGGGACUGGAGGAGCUGACCCAGGACGAGCAGCCCACCUACCACCUGAGGCUGCUGGCCGAGGCCUUCGUCAUUAAAGGUCUGUCUCUGGACCAUCAGACAGUUUCUGCCGUGUCCAGGGUUCGUCUGUCGGAGAGGGAGGAGGAGAGUCUGUCCUGUUACCUCCGGGCCUGUGACGCCGCCCUCUCCUUCCUGCAGGAGCUGGACAAGACAGUAACUACACCUCACCCCAAGACCAACAAGACCAGUCUUCUGCCUCCACCUGUGGACAUGGACCUGGGCUACUUCCUCCAGGCUGCUCUACAGAGCGCUUACCUCUGUCUGCUGCACCGAGGUCAUCUUGCCCAGGGGGCUCACCAGCUUCGUAGGGUGCUCAGGGUGGUGGAGUCACGGGGGUCUCAGGGCUUCAGGAAGUCUGCAGCACAGAAGCUGGCGGAGGUGCUACUGAGCUCAGUCAGUGAAGAAAGCUACUGGCCCCCACUGGGGCCCCCACCCUCAGCUUGGCUCCACAGAGAGGGCGCUGCUGCCCCCAAAGACGCCAUCUACCCCACUGUUAGACCACCACAGCGGUACAGCUCUGACGGUUGCUAUUGCCCUCAGGACGUGGUGGAAGAAGCAGUGUUGUUGCUGCUCAUCACAGAGUCAAUGGCCAGCGGUGAAGCGGUCAUCAGUCGACUUCCUGACCAGGCUGAAGCUCGCCAGGCCAGUCUGCAGGAUGCCACGUCCGUCUAUGAUCUGCUCGCCAUCGGCCUGGCCAGGAGGGGGCAGUAUGCCAUGCUGUCUGAGUGUCUUGAACGAGCUAUGAAGUUCUCUUUCAACGAGUUCCACCUCUGGUACCAGCUGGGCCUGUCACUCAUGGCCUCUGGAAAGGGGCUCGGUGCCAUGUCUGUAUUUAAGGAGUGUGCUAAGAUGAGACCUGAGGACCCAUCACUGCCCAUGUUGGCUGCAAAAAUCUGCAUCGGUCAGCUGCACUGGUAUGAAGAGGCGGAGUCUUUGGCCCAGAGUGUGGUGUCCAUGGGUGAAGACGCUGCGGAGUUCCUGCCCAGAGCCCACGUAGCCCUGGGUCUGUGCUACAGUCUACAGGCCUCCAACGCUUCUCUCAAAGCAGAUCGUGAUGAACUCAACAAAAAGGCCCUUCACCUUCUAAAGAAGUAGGUCUGGUCUUUAGACCCACUGGACUCUCAGGCUGCCAUGUACCUGGCUCUGCAGCUGGCACUGAUACGUCAGGGUUCUGCAGCCAUGGAGCCCCUGCAGAGGGCCCUGUCUCUCCACAGUGACGACCUGCACUCCCUCCACCUACUGGCCCUGCUGCUCAGUGCACAGAAACACCACCGUCACGCCCUGGACACGCUGGGCCUGGCCCUCAGCCAGUACCCCGACAACUUCAAUUUGCUCUUCACUAAGGUGAAGCUGGAGGAGGUUCUGUUUGGACCAAACACAGCCCUGCAGACCUGCGAGGUGAUGCUGCAGCGCUGGCAGAGUCGCUACGACCACACCCGCUCCAGUGAGACGGACGACAGCAGCAGCAUACCGUUGGCUGAAAGAACAGAGGUGUCAGAGGUCAGCCCUGGGGGCAGGAAACCCUCCAUUCACCUGCUGCUGCCCGACUUCCAGGACACCUCCACGGGUUCCCUGAGCCCCUCCUCAGUUGCACUGUCUCGCCUGGAGGCGGCGCUGUCUGAGGUGUCAGACAUUAGCUCCUCUCGUCGCCAAGGACCCACCUACAUCUGGACCACCUUGGAACACAUCUGGCUCCAGGCUGGGGAGCUGUUCAUGGCAGACGGCCGGCUGAAGGAAGCCCAGUUCUGCAUCACUGAGGCCAGCUCCCUCUUCCCCAACUCUCACUCCCUGCUGCUGCAGCGGGGCCGUCUGGCCGAGCAGCGGGGCCAACUGGACGAGGCCAAGGCGCUGUACGACGAAGCUCUGGCCAUCCACCCCACGGGGGAGCGCCUACUGGUGAACAUGGGCCGCCUGCUGGUGAAAACAGGACGCGUUCAACUCGGGGAGAAGGUUCUGCGUGACGCAGUUCAGGUCCACAGCACCUCCCACGAGGCCUGGAGUGGUCUGGGUGAGGCCCUGCAGACUCUGAACCCCAGCCAGGCCCCAGAGUGCUUUCUGACGGCCCUGGACCUGGAGGCCUCCUGUCCCAUCAGACCCUUCAGCAUCAUCCCCAGAGAACUGUGACAGGACACUGAUGAGACUGGAGGGCGGGGGGUGAGGGGGUGGGUCACUGGUCAGUAGCUUCUGUCUGCAUGGUUAUUACAGUUGGUCAUCAUUUAAGAGACCUACUGUCACUCCACAUACAUGUGCAGCCCAGAUGGGCAAACUGAAACACUGUUUAUGACAAUAACUGAGAUGUUGUUAUUUAAUAAUAGUCAUAUGACCA